CUACGAACCUGUCCUUAUAAUGAGACGGUCACUUACGGCAUUGCUUUCUCUCUCCACUCUCAUCUGCACCACACCUUACUACACUCUUCUUCUCUGUUAUUUUUUUUGGGUCUAAAUAAAAAGAAAUUUAGGGUUUUUAUUUGGGGGGAAAAUCGUAGAAAAUAGGGAAAAUAUUCUGGAGAGUGUGUAGGAAACAUGGUUGUCGAUGAUAUGGGGAAGUGCAUCAUCGUCGGCUUUGGAGGCUCCUCUUCUUCUCGAUUCUCUGAUGCUUUUCCCAAAAGGGUUUUGAUGGAGGGGAGAUAUAGUGGGGAUUGAUAUGAUGAUGAAGGUGUUUAUAAGGUUGUUUUGUUGAAUUGUUUUUGGGAUAUGGCAAUAUUGUACCGACCAGCAAUAAAACUCAUCAACGAGAUGAGCUAGCAUGGGAGAUUCUUGUCUUGCUUCUUUGUCAAUGGAGAAUCAUCACCCAUCCACGCUCUUGUCAAUGGACUCAAGUGCAUCUUCUCAUGAGGAACUGGAUUUGGAGAUGAACCGCCAAAUCAUACUCUCUCGUCCACCAGAUAUCAAUUUGCCCCUCUCUGCAGAGCGUAGCCCCCCUCCACAGCCAUGGAGUUCUGAUCCUUGUGAUAUUUUGGAUGUUGGUCUUGGUACUCAAGGAUACGAGACUGAGAGUUUCCUCAAUCUGCCAAAAGCUGCUGGUAGGAAAUGUGCAAAGCGAGUUGAUAGCAUAUGGGGUGCUUGGUUUUUCUUCAGUUUUUACUUCAAGCCUUCUUUGAAUGAUAAAUCUAAGGCCAAGAUUGUCCGGGACAGCAAUGGUGUUUCAGGGUUUGAUAAGUCUGAUCUUAAGCUUGAUGUUUUCAUGGUUCAACAUGACAUGGAAAACAUGUACAUGUGGGUUUUCAAGGAGAGGCCGGAGAAUGCAUUGGGUAAGAUGCAGCUGAGGAGUUACAUGAAUGGGCAUUCUCGCCAAGGGGAGCGCCCGUUUCCAUUUAGUGUUGACAGGGGUUUUGUUAGAUCUCACAGGAUGCAACGGAAGCAUUACAGGGGACUUUCAAAUCCUCAAUGUGUGCAUGGUAUUGAGGUUGUUCCAUCGCCCAAUCUGAUGUGCCUUGAUGAGGAUUUUCGGAAAAGGUGGAUGGAACUCACUGGCCGAGAUUUGAAUUUCACAAUCCCAUCUGAAGCAAGUGAUUUCAGCUCAUGGAGAAAUCUUCCCAACACAGACUUUGAGCUUGAGAGACCGCCUGUUCCAAUCAAGAGUGCUCCAAAUUCACACCCUAAGAAGCUGCUUAAUGGAUCUGGACUGAAUUUGUCAACUCAUCUAUCUAACCACAGUAAUGGUGAUGGGUUGGACCUAUCUCCUGUCAGCAGCAAAAAGAGGAAGGACUUUUUCCCUCAUGGAAAUGAUGAAGAAUGUUACUUGGCUGUUAAUCCUCCAUCUGAUCGGAUCCCAGAUAUAGAAAUGCACCCAAGUGAGCCAAACUGGAUAAAUGACUUCAGUGGGGUGAUAAAGAAUGUUUGUGGACCUGUUACAGCUGCAAAAACUAUUUAUGAGGAUGAAAAAGGUUACUUGAUUAUUAUCAGUCUGCCCUUUGUAGAUCUUCCAAGUGUGAAAGUCUCGUGGAGGAACACACUGACUCAUGGUAUCAUAAAGGUUUCUUGUAUGAGCACAUCUCGAAAGCCUUUUAUUAAGAGACAUGAUAGGACAUUCAAGCUUACAGAUCCAUCGUCAGAACACUGCCCUCCUGGAGAGUUUGUCCGUGAAAUCCGUCUUUCAACUCGAAUUCCUGAAGAUGCCAAUAUAGAAGCAUACUAUGAUGGGCCAGGAUCAGUGCUUGAGAUCAUGGUUCCAAAACAUCGUGUGGGACCAGAAGAGCAUGAAGUCCGUGUUUGCCUUCGCCCUCAUCUGGGAGGGAAUGAUCCUUAUGUUGACUUAAGAUAGGCACUUAUAAAAAAAAAAAAUUGUUAGGGAUGUUAGUAUGGUGCGUAUAUCAUCGUUUUCCUAACUUUGUACCGUAAAGUGUUAUUUGUAAUGCAAAUGUGUGUCUUACAUUUGUCUCUAGCAAUUUUAGAUCACUGACUGCCCUGGUUCUUUUUUUGUUCCGGUGCGUCUUUAAGCUUUUGAUUGUAAGCAUUAUUAAUCUUUGAACAGCCAGUUCAGAUCAUUUAUAAGAAAUUAUCAAAUCAUACU